AAAUCCGGGUGGAUUCUCUCUCUCUCUCUCUCUCGUGUGCAAGUAAACAAUCCUUACACAUCUCUCGCUGUUAGUUUUCUUUCUACCAACUAACAGUGAGAAUUGCUUCUUAUAGUAGAGAUUCUCACGAGAAUCACCGAGCCCUUCAUCGGCACCAAUCAGAUACACGAUUAAAUUUCCAAUCAGAUUAAAGUAAGAUGCGCGAUUAAUCGGAUUUAUUCAGCAGCGUGAAGUUAGCUUGCUUCAAUGUUCGGUGAUAGUGGAAGGAGACUUGAGUUUCGGGUGCUGUGAUGGUCAACAAGCCGUUGCUCAUAACUGAGAAAACAUACGCAUCCGGAUACCGUUUCCGCUCUGAGGAUGCCGCCCAUUGCUUAUCUUUCCAUUUGAUUUUAGUCUUGUUGAAAUGUCGUCGUCCAUAUCCGCCCUUAACCUCCCCCGCAGUGUAGAUUAUUUUUAAUGUAUCUUUCAGUACGAAAUUCAGCAGCUUGGUGGAGAAGCUACCUCUUAAUUGGCGUAUAAAGCUACCUCUUAAUUGGCGAAUGGUGCAUGCAGGUUGUAUCUAGUUUUGUUGUGAUUACCGGCGGGAGCGGGACGAGGUCUGAGGAGCGAGGAAUAACCUUCGCCCCUUCUCUCUUUUUUCUUCCUUAAACCCUAGUUUCCCUCUCCGCUGCUCCUUUGGAUUUUUAAUCCGAGCAAUUCGCCGAUCUCCUCUUCCUGUCCGACUCCGGAGCCGUCUCCUUUUUUUCAACUCAAACAGAAACAGAAAUACGCUAGUGAAGUGUCCUAAGUCCAAGUCAUGGGAGGCAAGCAUUCAAAGAGGAAAUCUCGUGACUAUCCUCCCUCCUAUAAUUACAAUUCUUAUAAUUAUGGUCCUCCUCCUUCUUAUCAUCCUUCUUCAUCCUGGAAUGCUCCAUCUCAUGCUCCUCCAUCAGAAACUUAUAUGCAACCUGAAAUGAAGCAUAAAUUGCAGAGAAGGUAUUCUCGAAUAGCAGACAAUUAUAAUUCUCUUGAUCAGGUGACCGAAGCUCUAGCUCAAGCUGGCCUUGAAUCCUCAAAUCUGAUUGUGGGUAUUGAUUUUACAAAAAGCAAUGAGUGGACAGGGGCAAGGUCCUUCAACCGCCGGUGCUUACAUCACAUUGGAGAGUCUCCAAACCCAUAUGAGCAGGCAAUCUCCAUAAUUGGCCGAACAUUAUCUGCCUUUGAUGAAGACAAUUUGAUUCCAUGUUAUGGAUUUGGAGAUGCAUCAACCCAUGAUCAGGAGGUAUUUAGCUUUUAUCCUGAUGAACGUCCCUGCAAUGGAUUUGAAGAAGCAUUGAGUCGAUAUAAGGAAAUUGUUCCACUUCUUAGGCUUGCUGGUCCAACCUCCUUCGCUCCUAUAAUAGAGUCAGCCAUAAGCAUUGUUGAACAAAGUGGUGGGCAGUAUCAUGUUCUUUUGAUCAUUGCUGAUGGACAGGUAACAAGAAGUGUUGAUACAGAAAGUGGCCAUUUAAGUCCACAAGAACAAGAUACUGUGAACGCCAUAGUAAAAGCUAGUGAAUAUGCCCUGUCCAUUGUAUUAGUUGGCGUUGGUGAUGGACCUUGGGACAUGAUGCACCAAUUUGAUGACAACAUCCCAGCACGGGCUUUUGACAAUUUCCAGUUUGUGAAUUUCACAGAAAUAAUGUCCAAGAAUAUUCCCAUGUCCAAAAAAGAGACGGAAUUUGCUCUCGCAGCUCUGAUGGAAAUACCAUCACAGUAUAAAGCAACAUUAGACCUGCAUAUCUUGGGCCGUCGGAGAGGAAAGGGCUCUGGCAGGGUCGCUCUUCCACCUCCUUCUGGGAAUUAUGCUCCAUCUUACUCAAGUUCAAAGUACUCUAGAACAAACAGCUUUGAGCAAGCUGGUGCCUCUCACGAGAGUUUUUCUGCUCCCCCAGAUAAUUCUUCCAGCAAUAGCCAGACAUGCCCUAUAUGUAUUUGGACCAACAAGAACCUUGCAUUUGGUUGCGGACAUCAGACAUGCUUCGAAUGUGGGAAAGACCUUGAGUUAUGCCCGAUUUGCCGGAGCACUAUCAGCACAAGAAUCAGGCUCUAUUGAAGGCCUCGACACAAUUAAAUGGCGUGUAAAGAGACGGGUUAUCUGAUGAUUAUAUUACCAUUCCGUGUAAAUAGGGAUGCUUCUGCCCUGGGUAAUAUUUCGUUGCAGGACUCUGUUUACUCUUGGCUGAUUUUGGGAUCUUUUAAUUCAUGUGCUAUUGGUAGUGUGCAAAAUAAAAGUAUUGCUAAUCUCUCU